GGUUCGGCAUUCUUGCAUUCAUCUAUGUUAAUAGUUUUACGUUUUGUUGUCUGAAGGCGCAGUUUUUAUUUGGAUUAUUCGAGACCAUGGAGGGAGAGAUUGAAGAAACUGAGGAAAAUGGGGUGAAACCCCCAAUCACUGCACAGUUAAAAACUUAUACGAGGCAAAACAACAAAUCAAGUGGAUUGGUCACAAAACUUGAAAUUUUACAAGAUUUUGAUGAAAUUACAGAAGAAGAUCUCACCAAUGCUGAGAGUAUUCUUAAUCAGGAAAACCCUGAAAAUUCAACUGAAAUUGAACCUUCCUCUGAAGAUUAUGAAACAGUUGCAGAGAUAGUUGAUGGCAGUGAGUUGCCUGUCAAACUGCCAGCAGAUAUCACUGUAGUCAAGGAAGUAACUGUGACACCAGCCAAGCGAGGUCGGGGACGCCCAAAGAAGAACUCAACCCCUGUCAUAACACCUCACCCUGUCGUAGUUGAACCACUUGAAGCCUUCUCUUGCAGUUUGUGUCCUCGAUCGUUUCAAACUGCUUUUGGGCUGAAAAAGCAUGAAAGCGCUUGCAAGCGUAUUCAUGGAGUAACUAAACAAGAAGUUGAAGAGGUGGCAGAAGUGAUGACUGAAGAGAGCCCACCAGUGGAAGUUCCAGUUAAACGAAGGAGAGGACGCCCGCCUAAGUCUGAACAGUUACGUCAAGAAAUUGUAAAAUUCAAAUGUGAAACAUGCCCUAGAGAAUUUAACACUCUGCCUGGGCUGCAACGUCACGAGUCUAGUUGUCGCAAGAUGAACCCUCGCAAAGGCAAGCAGCUAGCUGAUGACUCUGACGGCUACACUCCCAAUGUGCCUAUCUACAACAAACAGCUAAACCUCAAUCAGAUACUAGAAGGAACCCUUGAAGGAGAUCAGGUCGCCAUAGAGGCAGUUGAUGUGAAAGACCCUUACGCUUUUGAAGAGGGAAGGUGCCAUUGUUGUGGAGAAGAUAUUGAAACAGCUCACAUGGGAGGAGAGUUUGAAUGUACAGAAUGCCAGAAACUGUUCAGACUUAAAUCGUCACUGGAAAGACAUCGAAGAGUGAUUCAUAACGAGGGUGACUCCUACAAGUGUCCAGAAUGUGAUGCUAGAUGUCCUGACAAGGGCACACUUGCUCGUCACAUGUACACUCAUACUGGUUUGAAGCCAGUCUCUUGUCCUGUUUGCAACACUAUGUUUAGCAGGAAAUACCAUCUCAUCAGGCAUAAUUACCAGACUGGCUGUGACGGGUCUAAGAGGCCCACCUUCCCUUGUCAGGUGUGUGGUCGGGUGUUUAAUCGCAAAGACAAUCUAAGAGAGCACCUGCGGGCUCAUGCUGGUCAGACCAAGCGCAAGAAGAGAUACACUUGUGAGGAGUGCAAUGAGGAGUUUGUAGGUCUACAGACACUCACAAUGCAUAGGAGAUCCCACAUCCCGGGACUGCUGGAAGGGGAUAAACCAUGGCCGUGUGAUUUCUGUCCCAAACAGUUCCCAUCUCAAGGAGCUCUGAAGAAGCACAGAAGAAAACAUACAGGAGAAAGGCCUUAUGAGUGUAGUUAUUGUUAUGCGAGGUUUGCUGCCAAAGAGACUCUGAACCGUCACCUACGCACUCACACUGGAGUGAAGCCCCACACUUGUCAAUAUUGUGGCAAAGGCUUCAUACAGGCUUCCCAGCUGCGAGCUCACAUCUUCCACCACUCAGCUAUUCCAAUUAAAAAGGAGAUAAGGAACAUACCUGGUGUUGCAGGAGAAGGGGGCUUCACCUGUGAUCAAUGCGGCAAGUCCUUCAACCGCAAGCAGCGCCUGCAGCUGCAUGUCAAGUACGUUCAUGAAGGCGCAGAGCCAUUCAGAUGUGACACCUGCAGUCGCACUUUCCUACGCAAGGAGGACCUUGCACGGCACCAGCUCCUGCAUUCUGGUGUUAAAGAACACAAAUGUCCUAUAUGUGGUAAGGCAUUUGCCAUGAAGUCUUCUCUGAAAAUCCAUCUUUUGACACAUACCAAGGAACCGCCAAGAUCAUGUGACGAGUGUGGUAGAGCGUUCAUUCGUCAGGACUGUCUUCUGCGUCAUAUGCGUACCAAACAUCGUGACAUGUUGGAGGAGAUCAUGCAGGAAGCAGAGAAGAAGAAGUUACAACAGCAGCUGCUUGCAGCAGCUAAUCAAGCAGCUCAGGAACUGCCUACAGAAGAGCCUCACGUCCUUACAGAGGACAGCCUGGCAGAGAACGUGAGGCAGCUGCUCACUCUGCUGGUAGACGAGACCACACUCAAGGCCUUCGGUUGGCCAGAUGCGUCGGUUGACAAGUUACUGGAAGCAGUGAUCCGUCGUUGUGGUCAUCAGCCUGCUGGGUUCCCUGACAUGCCCUACGCAGACCGACUGCGGGAGAACGCCAAACUGCUCUUCACUGUGGUCAUUGACGACAAUGCUGUCAAAACUCUUCUCAACAACCAGACUGUGGAUGAAGUGAUCCUGCAUGUGCUGCGACUUGCCAAGCCAUAAAACUGAGACCAUAACAUAGGUCAUAAAGAUUUUUUAUAGAAAACAAAUUUUAACACUAGUUUUACAGGAUUACUGACAAUUAUUCUAAAAAUUUCUAAAUAUAAUGCAAUUGAAUUUUUU